UUGUGUGAUGUAUGCAAUAAAUGUAAAUGAUAAUAGGAAAUUUAGGUUAAAUUGACUUGUUGAUUAUUUGACACGAUAAUGUUUAUAGUUUAAUUUUUUUAUUCAAUCAAUAUCCAUUAUAAUAAAUUACAAUUAAAAUGAACACGAAAGAGUAGGUAGUCGUGAAGACAUAUGGGAAGAUGGCAACUGAGAAUGUAGAUUAUGAAAAACAAUUUCAAGAGGACUUGGAGCGUGCACAGGCACUUAGCCUGGAGUCAUUGGCGUUGGAACAAUUUAGAAACCAAAAACGCUUACAGGAACUCAACAUAUCCACAAAAAAUGUUUCGACUAGAACGAAAAUCAUUAAAAAUACUUCAGUUUUGCGCACAUCGUCUAUGAAUGAAUCGGACUGCGGUCCUGCCAGACCCGAACGACAUCAUAUAAAAUCUAGACCUAGACCUGGUGCAACAAGUACCAGCCCUGCAAAUUCAAUAAUUGCACCACCUCCAUCAUCGCAACGUCGAAAUAGCACAACUUCUAUUACAUCUGAUGAAAGUACUGCAGAUCUAAUAUCGUUCACUAGCCCUCCAUCAAGCAGCAUUUUAGACCUUUACGAUGAUGGACCCAAUAUGUCGGUCAAUGGAAAACAAUUGCCCAAUCCAACUGCGAAUAUCUUGCGCGAAUAUCAAAUGAGGCAAUAUCAUACUCAACCUUCGCCAUUGCUAAACAAUUUAUUUCAAAGCAAAACUAACCAGCCCCUCGGUCGCCCAAUUGGCUGGCAAUUUAAUACAGGCUAUACAUCUUCGAGUAGUGUGAGCUCAGUUUCCAGCGCUAUGCAAAGUCCUACUCUGGGAAUUACUAGCAGUUCUGUGAUCAUCCCUGCAAAUAUUGGGUGGAAUAUUUCUACACCUCCACCUCCUCCUACAAAACAGAUUAACAUUCUUUCAAGUAAUGAAUCUGACCAAGAAAAGGUUAGAAUUAUGAAUAUUUCAACACUAAUUCUGAUGUCAUUGAAAACUAAACAAAUUUUAGAUUGAUAGAAUAUGCAGU